UAUUUUGGCCUUAUCAAUAGGUCGAUCUGGUGUCAGCAGUCGACAUGUAUGAAGAUGAUGAGCCCGAGUUAUUACUCACUUAUAAUCAUGUAUCCCAGUUCAAGUUAUUGACUGGCGAAUCUUCGUCAGAGUUUGACAUCUACUGGAAUUCGGCACCACAGUCAGUCGUUUGUGCAUUCCCGUAUAUACUUGCGUUCACACCAGACUCAAUUGAAAUCCGACUUCUCGUCAACGGGAACCUCGUUCACACUAUGACAGCACCACGUUUAAAGUUGAUAUCAAGCAAGUGUGAUAUGUACUUUACAUCUGUUGAAGGUGUCAAUAUGAAUGCGAGGGAAAAUAACAACACACCAUUGGCGAGUCCUGUAUUGCCACCAACGGCAGGUAAGAUUUGAUUAACGAAGUUGUGUCUUUGUUCAUA